UACCAGCAAUGUGCUGACUGUGGUCCAGACCUACAAGCCCCGUUACUUUUCAGCACCACCGUGUAUAAAUAGUCCCAUAGGGUGUGGGGUCAGAACGCCGUUAUUGUGGAGCCCCCCCUCCCCUGUGAACUACUAUUCUUUUGGGGCCUGGUCAGGUAAAUCUCCCCUACGAGACCCGAUAGCAUGGCUCUGAAUAACCCCAACCCACUGGGACCAUGGAAGAUCACCGUUUAUGACCAGGAGAACUUCCAGGGAAAGCGUCUGGAGUUUACCUCCUCCUGCCAGAACAUUAUGGAGUCUGGCACUGACAACAUCCGCUCCCUGAAGGUGGAGUGUGGAGCUUGGACAGGAUAUGAGCACUCCAGCUUCUGCGGACAGCAGUUUGUGCUGGAGAGAGGAGAGUACCCUCACUGGGAGUCGUGGAGUGGCAGCAAUGCCUAUCACACUGAGAGGAUGAUGUCCUUCCGCCCCAUCUGCUCUGCUAACCACAAGGAGUCUAAGAUGGUGGUGUUUGAGAAAGAGAACUUUACGGGACGCCAGUGGGAGAUAAAUGAUGACUACCCAUCACUGCAAGCUAUGGGCUGGGGAACCAAUGAGAUUGGAUCCAUGCAAGUUAAGAGUGGCGCCUGGGUGUGUUACCAGUUCCCUGGUUACCGUGGUUACCAGUACGUUCUGGAGUGUGAUCGCCACGGCGGCGAGUACAAACAUUACAGAGAAUGGGGCUCCCACGCUCAAUCGUUCCAAGUGCAGUCACUGCGUCGCAUCCAGCAAUGAGACCGCACGUCUCCUUGACCGAAAAGCUCCACGCCUUCCUCCUCUCCCUACUUCCUCCAUAAUCAUUUCAACAUUCCCUGGUGCUUUGUCACCAAAAUGUCUGCCGCACUUCUGCUUUGUUCUGUUGCUACAUGGAAAUUGAAAAAAGAGAGAUGACUGAAUGGAAUAAACGAUAAUGAGAGGGAGAAAGAGAGCAGCAGCAGCAGAGAAAGGCUGCUGACCCCCUGAGAAGAGAGGGGAAAACUGAGGGUGUCUUGAGAUGUCUGUGAAGUUGUGAUGUCAUUCACACCCACCGGAAAAGAAAAUGGGCAAGUCAAAAUAAAGAGUAAAACAAGCGUCUGCUGCUACCAGUCACGUACUUGUUUGAAAUGUAUGUUUCAAUUCAGUGUUCAUCGUCACUCAUGGGCCACAAAGAGAACACAUGCGCAAUGUAACGAGACCCAAUAAAGGAGCUCUAUCCAAGA